AUGGACAAUGGAGACGAGUUGAUUGCCUCGGUCUACCGCAAGAUCGAGCGGGAGAAGGCCCUUAUCGCUGCGGCGACGAACAUGAGACAGUCCACCGACAAUCCUCUGGUCCAACAGAGAGUCGAUGCCAAUAUUCGUGAUGGUCGCAAGAACAUUGCAUAUCUGGAGGAGAAGAUGAGGGAGCUGCAGCUUCGGAAGAGGGGCCAGGAAAGUGGCCCCCCUCAGCUGCCUCCCCUUCCCCUCGGUUCUCCCAGCGAGCAGCGCCGCUCUGGCGGAUACGAUUCUGCUCCAACCCCGCCUCCGAAAGACACAGCUCCUGGUUAUUUCUCCGGCGAGAGUGCUGAAUACGGAGAGGCGGGCCCCGGUGGAUACAGUCAGGGGGGGACUGGCUCGAUGCCCUCGCAUGCGCCCUAUACGGAUCCUCGGCCUUUCGCCCCGGUCCCCAAAGCAAGACCAAAUUAUAGUAAACUCGACUUGAUUAAGUAUGACACGCCCUACUUGGGCCCUAAGAUUCAACUCAUGCUGUCGCAGCUGGAGUUCAAGCUUAGCGUAGAGAAACAAUACAAGGCCGGUAUUGAGAAGAUGGUUCGCCUCUACCAGGAUGAGGGCGAUAGAAAGAGCCGCGCAGAUGCGGAAGGACGUCGCAUCGAGAGCAACCAAAAGAUCCAGCUGCUGAAGCAAGCUUUGAAGAGAUAUGAGGAUCUUCAUGUUGACAUCGAAUCAGAAGACCAGGGUGAUGAUAGCAGCUUAAAUACCCCGAACAUGCGCAAGCCCCUCACCGGUCUCUUGACUCUGCGCAUUCAUGCCGUUCAAGAUGUCGACCAUGCAGCAAGUUCCCGCUUCUCUCGAGGUCCGGAAACUUUCGUUGUCGUCAAGGUCGAAGACACCGUAAAAGCGCGAACCAGGUCCACCCGAACGGACAAAUGGUCGGAAGAAAACUUCAAUAUCGAGAUCGAUAAGGCGAAUGAAAUCGAGCUUACCGUAUAUGACAAGGCCGGUGAUCGACCAACUCCCAUCGGCCUGCUUUGGAUUCGGAUCUCGGAUAUCGCGGAGGAAAUGCGGCGAAAGAAGAUCGAAUCUGAAUUUAACGCGUCCGGCUGGGUUUCUGCCGACAAGAUGACCCAAGGACCUGCGCGGCCAGAUUCGAAUACGGGCAUGAGUCCUCAGAGUCAACACCCAGGCGGGCCGCGUCCGGGGCCUCCAGGACAAAGCGCCCCCGGCUCCCAGUCUGGUGGUCCUGUGAUGAUUGAGUCGUGGUUCGCGCUGGAGCCGGCGGGUAGAAUCCAUCUCACGAUGAGCUUUGCCAAGCAAUUGAAGGAUCGACGACCAUUCGACAUCGGUCUCAAUCGACAAGGAGCUGUCCGCCAGAAGAAAGAAGAGGUACACGAGAAGCAAGGUCACAAGUUCGUCACACAACAGUUCUACAAUAUUAUGCGCUGUGCUCUUUGCGGUGAUUUCUUGAAGUACGCUGCUGGCAUGCAGUGCGCCGACUGCAAGUACACCUGCCACCGCAAGUGUUAUCCCAAAGUGGUCACCAAGUGUAUCAGCAAGGCCAACUACGAGACCGAUCCGGAUGAAGAGAAGAUCAAUCACCGCAUUCCCCAUCGGUUCGAAACUUUUGCCAAUAUCUCUGCCAAUUGGUGCUGUCAUUGUGGAUAUCUGCUUCCUUUUGGCCGGAAGAAUGCGAAGAAAUGUUCAGAAUGUGGCCUUACUUGCCAUACCCAAUGCGCUCACCUCGUUCCUGACUUCUGUGGCAUGUCAAUGGAGGCUGCCAACCAGAUCUUGGAGACCAUAAUGAGAACAAAAAACCACAACAAGACGGCAUCCAUGAGCAACCGCAAUCUUCGUGGUGCUGCAUCACAGGAGCCAGCGCCUCCAGCUGUGCCUCAAAAGCAGGUGGAAGCUGGUUACGGUGCACCUCCCCGGCAGCCAUCUGCUGAGGCAGUCAGUGCCGCAAACAACUCCUAUAUGCCUCCUCAGUCCCCUCAAGCUGCCCAAAGACACCAAAUGGCACAAAGGCCAUCGUCGGCCGAUACGGCAGCCAAAGCAGCGGCGGUUGCUACGGGUAUGCGUCCACCUUCUCAGCAAGGACAGGAUCCUCGUCAGAUGUCACCCCAACAACCGCCACAACAUGCUCGUUAUGAUCCCUCGGCGUAUGCAGCCAUCUCCUCGCAGCAAGCACCUCCCACACAAGCCGUCCAGAAAGCUGCUCCUCCGUACAUGAUGCAACAGCAGCAGCAACAGCAACAGCAACAACUACAACUCCAGCAGCAGCAACAGCAGCAACAACAGCAACAGCAGCAGCAGCUCGUUGCCCAGUCGUCUCAACUCGAAGAGCAACCUCAGCAAAAACAGAAAAUUGGGCUCGAUCAUUUCAACUUCCUUGCUGUCCUUGGAAAAGGAAACUUUGGAAAGGUCAUGCUUGCUGAAUCCAAGAACACGAAGAAGCUUUAUGCCAUCAAGGUUCUUAAGAAGGAGUUCAUCAUCGAGAAUGAUGAAGUCGAGAGUACCAAGUCGGAAAAACGGGUGUUCCUCAUCGCCAACAAAGACCGUCAUCCAUUCUUGCUGAACUUGCACGCCUGUUUCCAGACGGAGACCCGUAUUUACUUCGUCAUGGAAUACAUCAGCGGUGGUGACCUGAUGUUGCACAUCCAGCGCGGCCAAUUUGGUUUGAAACGGGCACAGUUCUAUGCUGCGGAAGUCUGCUUGGCGCUGAAGUACUUCCAUGAGAAUGGAGUCAUCUACCGUGAUUUGAAACUCGACAAUAUCCUGCUCACCCUGGACGGCCACAUCAAGAUUGCGGACUACGGUCUCUGCAAGGAGGAUAUGUGGUAUGGCUGCACUACGAGCACAUUCUGCGGUACGCCCGAGUUCAUGGCGCCUGAGAUUCUUUUGGAUAAGAAAUAUGGCAGAGCGGUCGAUUGGUGGGCGUUUGGUGUGCUCAUCUACCAAAUGUUGCUUCAGCAGUCUCCGUUCCGUGGCGAAGAUGAAGAUGAAAUCUACGACGCCAUUCUUGCGGAUGAGCCACUUUACCCCAUUCAUAUGCCUCGGGAUUCGGUCUCUAUUCUGCAGAAGCUACUCACCCGUGAACCUGAACUUCGCCUUGGCUCCGGUCCAACCGAUGCCCAAGAGAUCAUGUCGCAUGCCUUCUUCAGAAACAUCAAUUGGGACGAUGUCUACCACAAGCGGGUCACUCCGCCAUUCCUUCCGACCAUCAGCAACCCAACCGAUACCAGCAACUUCGACCAGGAGUUCACCAGCGUCACACCUGUUCUCACCCCCGUACAGUCUGUCCUCACUCAGGCUAUGCAGGAGGAGUUCCGUGGCUUCUCCUACACUGCCGAUUUUGCUUGA